AUGGAUUCUUCCCAGACGGCAACAACUCGCUCGCCGUGGGUAAAUGAUGAGGAACGGUUCAAUUGCUUCAUUUGCAGCAAAGACUUCACGGUGUUCCGACGUAAGCACCACUGCCGCGUGUGCUUCGAGAUCAUCUGCCACAACUGCUCCCUGACACGGAAGAAGAUGCGGGUUUGUGUAGUC